AUGAAUAGGAAAACCACCUUAUUUUUGUCAUCAUCAACAAGCACCAUUAAUGAUCAAGCAGCAUUAGCAGCAGUAAAAUGGGCGAUAUCAAACAAAACUAUUUGGAAAUAUUUAUUUCAAAUUCAAAAUGGAGCUUUAUAUUGUCUUUGUCAUAAAUCUACAUAUUCUUCUCUUCCAGAUGACUAUAAUUGCAAAGUAGAGCUUGCUUUAAUAUCUGAUGGCAGGAGGAUAGUAUGCUACCAUCCUUCUGUGGAUGUUCCAUAUGAACAUACAAAACCUAUCCCUUGCCAGAUCCUGUUGCAUAAUAAUGAAGAAACACAUGAUCAAGUGCUGCAAACCAGAUUAAAAGAAAAAAAAAAAGAACACGUUGAGCAAGGACCCAUGAUAGAACAACUUAGCAAAAGGUACCUUACUGCUAAGUACCACUGGUAUCCCUGUGGACAGUUUCAUAGAUAUCAUAAGAAACUGGAUUCUCCAAAAGAUAGAUGA